AUGGCCCUCUGCUGCUGCCCACCUUGCUGUGAGCCAUGCUGCUGCAAGACCACCUGCUGCAAGACCACCUGCUGCCAGCCCUGCUGCUGUGAAUCCAGCUGCUCUGAGUCCAUCUGCUGCCAGCCUUGCUGUCCCCCAUGUUGCUGCAGCAUACUCUGCUGCAAGCCCUGCUGCUGUGUGCCUGCCUGCUGCCAGCCCUUCUGGUGUGUGCCCACCUGCUGUGAAAGCACCUGCUGCAAGACCACCUGUUGCAAGACAACCUGUGUGACCAUCUGCUGCGUGCCUACCUGCUGCCAGCCCUGCUCCUGCCAACCCUGCUGCUGUGUGCCUACCUGCUGCUGUGUGCCCACCUGCUGCUGUGUGCCUACCUGCUGCCAACCCUGCUGCUGCCAACCCUGUUGCUGCGUGCCCACCUGCUGCAAGGACACCUGUUGCAAACCAACCUGUGUGACCAUCAGCUGCAGCACACCCUGCUGCCAACCCUGCUGCUGCUGA